GAGAGGAGGGCUGAGAGGAGGAGAGAGGGGAGGAAGGGUGGGAGCCGGAGGCAGAGCCGGGACUAGGAGCGAGCGAGCGAGGAGGAGGAGGAGGAGGAGGCCGCGGCGGGCGCAGCGGGUACGUCGGCCGGCCGGGCCCCCCGCGCGAACCAGGCGCCGCCAUUCCGCUGCUCGGGGCGCCGCCGCCGCCGCCGCGCUCGGGGGCCAUGCUCCCGCCUCCGCCGCCGCGCCAGCCGCCGCCGCCGGCGCGCACGGCCCGCAGCGGGGUGCGGCUGCAGCGGGCCUUCCUGCGCGGGCCGCUGGGCGUGCUGCGGGCGCUGCAGCUGCUGGCCGGCGCCGCCUUCUGGGUCACCAUCGCCACCAGCCGCUACCAGGGCCCCGUGCACUUCGCGCUCUUCGUGUCCGUGCUCUUCUGGCUGCUCACCCUGGGCCUCUACUUCCUCACGCUGCUGGGCAAGCACCCGCUCGUGCCCGUGCUGGGCUCGCGCUGGCUCGUGGUCAACGUGGCGCACGACCUGCUGGCGGCCGCGCUCUACGGCGCCGCCACGGCCAUCAUGAUCGACCAGACGCAGCGGCACAGCUACUGCAACCUCAAGAACUACCAGAUGCCCUGCGCCUACCGCGCCUUCCUGGCCGCCGCCGUCUGCGGGGGCCUCUGCCUGGGCCUCUACCUGCUCUCGGCGCUCUACGGCUGCUGCCGCCGCUACCAGGGCGAGCAGGAGGUGGCGUGAGGCGCCCCGCGGCGGGGCGGGGGCCCUGAGGAUGCCAGCGCCCCAGCCCUUCCCGCCGCCGUGCGCCCUGGCACCUUCCCCGCGCGCCUGGCACCCUCCCCCGCGCCGCGUUCCCGCCGCCGCCGCCGCCCGCGCCCAGGCCCCACGACAACCCGACCCACAGUGCCCGCCAGACGGCAGCUCCCAGGCGCCCGGACACCCCGACCCGCAGUUCUCGCCCGGGCAGGGCCACAUCCGUAGGGCGGACGCCAGCCACUCUCCUACCCCUCCCGAGGGCAGAGCCAGCGGUUCCUCUUCCCCUUCCCCCGCCGCCGACAGCGAAACGUGGAUGGACAGGCGCCGCGUAGAUCCGGCGGAGGCUCCCCAAGGGUGGCCAGGCUUCUGGCUGCGCCCUGCGGCGGGGAGAGCACCCCCUCCCCCCGGGCACGCUUCCAGCCCGGAGUGCUGGGACAGGCGGGCACGCAGCCGCGGGCGGACUGGAGACAGGCCCCAGGGAUGAGUGACGAGUGAAGAGUCUGGUUUUGGUUCGGGGUUUUUCGGACAUCCUGCCUGGUCCUGCCCUCGAAGCUUGGAUGUGUUGGGGUGGGGCCUAUCUAUCCCCAGAGGUGAGGAUGGAUGGAUGAUGGUCAGGGCCUGUGGGCUGUCUGCUCGCCUUUGUCCUCCCGGUUCCCAGAGGCCAGACCCAAACGCACACCAGCUUCCCCAGCCUCACCCUCCCAGGCCUCUGCCCCGCUCCCACCUCCCAGUAGCCUUUUGCAUUCCGGAUCUCACACACCCGCCCGCCAGGAGGAGGUGAGGGCGAGCUCCUUUCCGUUUUACAGACGGAGCCCUAGAGCUUGCUUGUAAGAAAAAGCCAGAAUAACAUUCCAAUCUUGUCUCCCACCUCCCCUUCCAGGGCUGUUUGCAUUGAAACAGUGGUGUUCCCUGGGAUCCUGGCUCAUGAGCCCCCCUCUAAAAAGGGGUUCCAGGCUGAGUGGGUUUGUCAAAGGUGCUGCCGUCCCCCCUCCCCCCUUGGAGAAUCGCUAGCAUAUCAAGGCUCUGAGAAGUCCUGCUGUAAAACCAGACCAUAACAAGUGUUUACUGCCCCUGGGCCUGGGUCAGAUUUUUCCACCUAAGGUUCCCUACAGUCUUGGCUUUCGUUUCUUUUUGAAGAUUUGGGGUGCUCCCUCUUUCCCAGGGACUUUCUCUAUCAGAGGGAGGGCCCAGCCCAUGAGGGAAAAUAGCUGCUCCCGGACAAGCCAGGGAGAGGCCUGGGAACGGGUGGACUUGGACAUUCCUUUACAUUGUUUGGGAAAUGAAGCCAACGUUAUCCAGAUAGUUUCCCUGUCAAAAGGAAUGACACCUGCCAGAGAUCCCGGCUUCGACUGGGACAGUGGUCACACUCACCGACGAGAGGAGAAAGCUCUCGAGCCGGGGCGGGCCGCCAGCCCAGCCUCAGGAAGGUUUUCCGUGUGGCAGGGGCCCUGGAGAGUCCCAGGGAUCCUGGCCUGUGUCAGCAAAGGGUUUCCCAGUGGGGGUUGGAAGGACCUCUGCCCGGCAGCUUUCUGUCAACACCAUCCAGUGGAAAAACCAAGAUGGGGGAAGAUUCAUUUCGCCUCAACAUAAGAGAAAUCCUGAGUGCUGUGACGUGGGCACAACAUUCCAAACAUCUGGAACUGAGCCGUGUGCCUCUGUACCCUAAGAACGGGUUUUGGCUGCAGCUUUUGUUCCUUUUCUCUUUUCUUAGACUACCAUCUAAGCUGCAUCCUCAGCUCAGAUCCAGACCCCUGAGGAUGCUUUCUUAGUCUCCCCCCACUCCCCCAGCCCAUGGUGCUCUGUGGUCCAGCAGAUUUCUCCUUGGCCUUCGUGGUGCCUUAUCCACCCAGAUGUGCCUGAAACAUUUCAAUGCUCACUGGCUCUUCAAGAUGUGCCUUGUGCUUGGCCUCCCACUGCUUCUCCAGAUGUGAGGAGGGUGUGUAAUAUGGCCCCACAUCCUCUCCUCCCCCUUGAGGCUCUGUGCCAUAGGAACGGCCACCUGAUCUGGCCCAGACUGUUUGGAUACUGGAGGCAGUCUCUGGCUUCUCUUUCUCUGGACUCCAGGACUCAAUCCAGUCCAAGACCACGGUGGGCUGCUCCCAGCCCGAAGUCUAGGCCCACUUACAGACCCAGGAGAGGAUUUUCCAGCGUUCGACAAUGAUCAAAAGCAAGGGUGGACAUGGGGUGGCUGAGGGCUGGUAGGGAGAGGGGACCAAUGUGCCUCACUGAAGAGCCCAGUGGUGGUGACUAAUAUGCUUUUCUGAAUAAAGUUCGGUUUGUCUGA